UGUAAUUCCUCAGCCUGGAAAACAAGAAACUCCUCCCCAGACCAGGAGCUCCCAUUUUACUUCCUCAAAAUUCAACCGAUAUAAACUCACACUCUGACUGACUCUGACAGUGUUAGACUCAGAGGACUUCGCGAACUCUUUGACUAUUGGACUUAAGGAUGUUGCAGUGUGUCUGUGUGUUGCUGCUGGCAGCCUCGGCUCUGGGCCGCCUGGAUGAAGCCUCUAUGGACAUCCAGUGGGAACAGUGGAAGGUCACACACAUGAAGGAAUACAAUGGCCUGGAUGAAGAGGGGAUCCGCAGGGCCAUUUGGGAGAAGAACAUGCGUAUGAUUGAAGCCCACAAUGAGGAGGCAGCGCUGGGUAUACACUCCUACGAGCUGGGGAUGAACCACCUGGGCGACAUGACGUCAGAGGAAGUGGCCGAGAAGAUGACGGCCUGCUGGUCCCGAUGGACCACGAGCGCAGCUUCACCAUGGCUCUGGAUGACAAGGUGUCCAAGCUUCCCAAAUCGUUGACUACCGCAAGAAGGG